AUGACUUCACAUUCAAGGGAGGCAUCGAUAACAUCAUCGUUUAUGACAGGGUCAGGCGCAGGCAACAACCAUCCAGAAAAGAUAGGGCCAUGGAAGCUUGGAAAGACUUUGGGAAGGGGUGCCACGGGUAGAGUAUUGUUAGCAACGCAUGAAUCGAAUGGACAAAAGGCUGCAGUAAAGGUGGUAUCCAAGUCUGAACUCCAAUACGAGGAGGAAGGAAACAAGAAGUCUAAAGAUGACGCAGGAUUGCCCUAUGGAAUUGAAAGAGAAAUAAUUAUAAUGAAACUCUUGACACACCCGAAUGUUUUACGUUUAUAUGAUGUUUGGGAAACAUCAAAAGCACUCUAUUUAGUACUCGAAUAUGUUGAAGGGGGGGAAUUAUUUGACCUCUUGGUAGAAAGGGGUCCCUUACAAGAGGUCGAGGCAAUUAAAUACUUUAGACAAAUUAUACUAGGUACAGCAUACUGCCAUGCUUUGGGCAUUUGCCAUAGGGACUUGAAGCCAGAAAAUUUAUUGUUGGACGCGUCUUUGAACGUUAAGCUUGCAGACUUUGGUAUGGCCGCUUUGGAGAGCCAUGGGAAGUUACUUGAGACGUCUUGUGGAUCACCGCAUUAUGCUGCACCUGAAAUCGUGAGUGGUUUAAGAUACCAUGGUGCUGCAUCAGACGUAUGGUCUUGUGGUGUUAUCUUGUUCGCUCUUCUUACAGGAAGACUUCCGUUUGAUGAUGAAAAUAUUAGAAACUUACUUUUAAAGGUACAGGCAGGAAGUUUUGAAAUGCCAGAAGAGUUAAGUUACGAUGCAAAGGAUUUGAUUUCCAAAAUGUUGACAGUGGAUCCCUUAAAAAGAAUCCCUACCGAAAAGAUAAUCAAACAUCCUCUUAUGAAGAAAUAUCUGGUGUCGAGCGAAGAUUUAAUUAGCAUAAAGUCAUUGCCUCAUCCGGAAACAGCAUCUAAAUCGUUGGGGUCAACGAAAAAUAUCGACAAGCAGAUUUUGUCCAACUUGUCAAUUUUAUGGCACGAUCGUCCACAAGAGGAUAUAAUUGAUUGUUUACUAAAGAAUGGAACCAAUCCCGAAAAGACUUUCUAUGCCUUGCUUAUGAGGUAUCGUCAUAAUCAUGACGAUCCACUCAAUCCUGGCAGAUCUUCGAGUUUCAAUAAUGGCAGAAGAAGUAUAGCAAGAAGCGGCUCCACAAGCAAUAAAGAUACCCCUAGAAGAAGAAAGAUCAGCCAGAUAUCAGCAUCUCGGAGAACAUCCUUUCAAUACAAAGGUGGCACGAGAGCAGCUGCUAGCAGGUUGUCCGCUGCAUCAAGUUUUAAUAAUUCACCUUCAAGAGAUUAUUCCUUUUCUCCAUCCAAAUCUCCUAGAAGGUCUCCAAGGAGGUCUCCGAGGAAGUCUCCAAGGAGGUCUCCACACAAAGCUAAAAGAAUAUCGACGAACGGCUAUGAUCAAGCGGUGCCUAGGAAUAUUUAUAAUGAGAUUGUCUCAGCUCAAAGGAAUGGAGAUGUUGUAUCUCCAGCCGUACCUUCGAAAGAUAACUUGGCAUUGAAAUCACUUCCUCAAGAUCUUAUGGCAUCUGCAAAGAUUUCUCCUCCUAAAUCCAAAAGGGCGUCGCUCAUUAAUAGCGUCUCUAAGAAUAGAUUAUCACGGAGAAAGUCCUUAAGAGCAUCUAUGACAACUGGCUUGAAGAGGAAUUCAAUCACUAUGAAGCUAUUAUCGACAUACGCAAAGUUAUCUGGUGAAUCAGACUGGGAAUAUAUGGAUAAACAAACAAGAAGAACAUCUGCAACCUUUGCAACGUUGUGUGAUAAAAUCUUCAAUCAGGAGGAGUAUGACGUAGAAGAUGAGAUGUUGAUCGAUGAAGAAGAAAAGCAAGCUAAAGAAUAUGAAAGGCUCAUGGAAAUUGAAAGAAAAAAGCAUGAAGCUGAGGUGAGAGCCAGAAAGGAAUUAGAGAAGAAGAAGAAAAGGCAGAAUAGGAGGUCUUUAUUGAGCUCUAGAAAAUUAUCUAUUUUAAUCAAAGAAGAUAAAACGGGCACGAACAAUAGCGAGAGUGAAAUAGAAGUGGCAGAAAUUGACCAGCCAAAGAGAGCCUCAGCUCUCAGAUCUAUUUCGGAAGCGCCUGAUGCAAGAAAUGACAUUUUAACUGCUCAAGAUGUUGAAAAUAUUAAGAGAAGAUCCGUUACUCAACCAACUUCAAGAAGACGGAAUCCAAUUUUGACGAGAAGGCCAGUCUCAAAAUUAGAUCCUUUGUGGGUGGCUUUUGAAAAUGAAGAGAUAGAUAGAGCGAAAGAUGCAUUAGACGAAGAAAUGAGGGGGUAUAAGGGCAAGAGCAGUGAAGAUAUAAAUGCAGCAUUGAAGGAUUCAAAAUCUCACAAAAAAGUUGAAUCAAUGUUAGCUGAUUCCGGUGAAAGGAUAUCCAGAGACAGCUCUUAUACUCAUGAGAAUUAUGAAUUGCCUACGCCUAAAGUUGAUAAGUCUGAUUUAAGUGAGGAGUACAUGAGCGAGAUUAGAAAAUCCAGGUUAUUGAACUCUAAAUUAAAUCUUAAAGACUUGAAAGAUGCGAAGAGAAACUCUCGCAUCGUGAGUCAAGAGACGAGAGGCGAUCUGAGAGAUGAACCACAUACUUUGAUUGGGGAUGUUAAGAUACCGAAUGUCACUAGAAAAUCAAGAUGCUUUACUAAUUCUAACAAAAGGUUGUCUGUUUUGAGUAUGUAUUCUACGAAGGAAUCAUAUGGCGAUUUGAACUCAAUACUUAAAGAUAAAAGAGAGAGUGGUUACUACGGGGAUGGUGCUAUGGGAAAAGCAAACAUGCCUACCAUGAGAACAAGUUUUGCUGAUCGUUUGGACAGGGCAGGGCUCCCUGUUGAACAAGAGGAGGAGGAUGAACCUUUAGAUGAAGGUUCGAUCAUGGAUUUUGAUGAACAUUUAGCAAAUAAGAGAACUUCUUAUUAUGAUAGUAACAGAAACUCUAAGUACUCAUCUAUGCUCACCAAAGGAAAAAGGCAAAGUCAGAGGCCGGCUUCUCAAUUACCUUCGUUACCUACUGAAGAAAAUGAUGAAACUUUUGUAACUAAAAAUGAUGAAGUUCAUCAGAAAAGAAGAUCGUCAAAUGUCAAAGAUAAGAAGGGUACAGCUGAUCCUGACGAUGACUUGUUUGACCAUAUUAAAUUGCCAAAUGAAAACAAAUCGUCUAGAACUUCGCAAGCCAGAUCUAGUAAAGGAGGUAUGAAACCAAUGCUACCAAGUGCGGAAUCAAUGUUACUUCCUGAUUUGAAGUCGGAUUCUAUAGAUCCUAAAAAAUUACAAAAUCCUAAGACUAGGGCACAACGGAAGCCAUCACUGGCCUUAGCCAAUCUGUCUCACGAUACGAUUCCACCAACGCCACCCUCACAUGAUGGUAAAAAGGCAGCAUUGAAAGAUUCCACUAAUAAACCAGACCAUCCUGUUGAAAAUGAAAAACGAAAUAGAUCAAUUUUCAGAAAAUUAUCCUGGGGUACCAAGAAAACACUUGAUUCAAAACAGGGCCAAUUACCAUCGCCUGCCGAUUCCAUUACUGCAGCUUCGAAUGAGGAGUCGAAGUCUGGAUCUUUCUUUAGAUGGUUCUCUUCUUCACAUACCAGUACCAACUUGCAAGACGAAAUUAAAAGAUACAAUACUAUUCUCCCAAGACAGGAAAUGUCAACUGCCUUGUACACGUUGUUGAGCAGUUGGUCAAAUUUCGGAUUGAAAAAUUUGAAGCAUGAUACUCUCAGUAACAACAUAACAGGUGCUAUAUCAAAACAUAAUGCGUUCAACUUGAAAAGUUGUAAGUUCAGGAUAAAAAUUAAUUCUAGAGGGUUCAAUCAGAAGUCUGAAAUUGUUUGUGCAAGAGUAAGAGGCUCUCAAGUAACUACUGACACAUUAUUUAAAGAGAUCGAAAAAGUAUUAAGGAAAGAAGGGGUAUUGGAAGGUCAAUAA